AUAUCAAUAUAAAAACUAUUCUUAAUUUAUGUUUCGUCACAGGUUUUGAGUUCCUAGCUCCAGAAAAACGCACUACAGGUUCCCUCGUCACGUUUGUAGCCUGGACUUUCGGCACAUGUCUGACAUCACUUACGGGAUGGCUGAUUCCGAGGUUUCAGUAUCUGGUGGUGAUCUCGUGCAUUCCAGCUGUUUGUGGGUUCCUUUACUGGAGGUACCUUCCAGAGUCCCCGCGCUGGCUUCUGUCUCAAGGGAAAAUAAGUGAAUGUGCCACGAAUCUUUUACUGGUAGCCCGCUCAAACCACAAGACCGAAGCAACCCGCGAGCAGUUGGAGGCCGAGCUGCGCAUACUGUGGGAGCGACAGGAAAAAGAAGUGUCUCUCUUGGAAGUCCUUCGUUACCCGAAGCUUCGUGUGAGGGCCCUCAUACUGUUAUACAUGAGUACCUGCACUUUCUUGAUUUAUGGCGUGGUGUUCCUCGGAGUCACUGUUCUCUCGAGCAACUUUUUCCUGAGUCAUUUCAUCUUGUCCCUCUCGGAGCUCCCCAGCAACGGCCUCGGCUGGGUGUGGACGCACUACCUCGGUCGUCGCUGCACCUGCAUCCUCUCCUUCCUCACAACUGGUGCAUUCUGUGUUGCGGCGACUUUCUGUCUUGAAG